UAAUCAAGAAGUGCAUUCUUGCCACAGCAUUUUAUUAAGCUCUCAGGUGUCCUGUUACCUACGCGAUCAGGUAUCAUUGUGUCUGGUGAAUUAUUAAUCUUCUCUUCUCUUAAACCUACCCUGUGAUCAACGUCCAAACUCCAUUGGAAGCUGUACCGCUUUUUCUUACCGGCCCCGGGAGUGAAGACAUGUCUCGAGAAAUGGAAUCUAUUUAUACAACCACAAUUGGAAGCUAUAAGAAGAUUUUAGGACAGUUUAACCCAGCACUGGAAAAUUUGGUAUUUCUUGGUAACAAUUAUUUGCGGGCACUAAAUGCACUGACUGACGUUGCGGAAACUUACUAUAAUGCCAUUAAGAAGAUUGGGGAGCAGGCUCUCCAGAAUGCCACCUGCCAAGGCCUUGGUCAGUUACUUAUCCAGAUGGCAGACAGCUGCAGAACUGCAAGUGCUGGAUUGAACGUGGUGUUUCAGACAUUGCAUGGAGAGAUAAUUCAACAAAUGGACAAGAACACCAAACUGGAUGUGCAGUUUAUACAUGACAGCCAGACUCGUUAUGAGAUGGAGUAUCGCCAAAGAGCAGCCACUCUUGAUAAGUGUAUGACAGAGGCCUGGCGAAUGGAGAGACAGAAAGAUCGCAACUGGAGAGAAAUGAAGGAGAAUGUAAGCAUGUUGCAUUCGGACAUGCUAUCUUUUGUCAAAGAGAGCCAGCGAGCAGCAGAACUGGAGGAGAAGCGUAGGUACCGUUUCCUUGCUGAGCGGCAAUGGUUGUUGUGUAGUUCCUUCUUCCAAUAUCACAACCGGGCACAGGGUGUGUUGCAGAGCAGAGUACCUACAUGGAAGGAGCAGAUUGACGCUAGCAGAAACCAAGGCCAACAACCUACUCAGUAUGUUCCCAACAGACAAACCCCUAGCCCGAUGACUGAAGUGAGAGGCUCUUCACGUUUUGAUUCCAGCCAUAGGGGUGUACAGAGAACACCAUCAAACGGCUCAAUGGGAAACGCGCAGCAACGCAUGCGAUCUAGUUCAUUUGGCGAAGUGGCUGUAGCAGCAGUGGCGGCAGCAGCAUCCAACACAGGAGGCAAGAGAGUUCAGGCGUUAGUAGAUCACAACACUGGGGGAAAUAGUACCCUGCUCCCCUUCUCCAAAGGAGUGAUGAUCACUGUGCUGGUUCCAGAAGCAAGGAAUGGUUGGCUGUAUGGAAGACUGGAGGGGCUUUCAACGACUGGCUGGUUCCCAGAGGCAUAUGUGAAAUCUUUGGACCAGGAUCCCAGGUCAUACGGUCUGCGUAGUGCGCACAGUACUGGAGAUCUCUUGGACGGACAGGAUAACACCCCACAGACAGGUUACAGGCCUAUUUCCCAGGGCCCACCAGAACCAAGCAUCCGACGAGGAAGUGAAGCAGGCAUGAUCCCUGCAGCUCCUGCACACAGCAACCCAGCAUCAAGGAAGCCCCCAGUGAGUCGUGGAGACCUCUUUCCCAAGGGAACAAACCCAUUUGCAACUGUGAAGCUUCGCCCUACUGUGACCAACGAUCGUUCGGCACCAAUCAUUCGAUGAAGUCCUACAGACUGCACUUUAUACUGCCAG